CAUAACAGCAGGCUGGAAGGCGGGACUUCCGCUGGCGAGCAGAACCGAACUGGUUCGGCUGGUUAUCUCGGUGCACAGCGACUGGACCGAGCCGGUGUCUGCACGCGAUAAGAAGGCUGUAUCAUGGCACGUCGCACGAUGCUGAGCUGCUUCCUACCAGGAGCAUGCAGUCCUCUUGUCUGCCUGUGGGCCGUCCUUCUGCCCGUGGUCUCCCUAAACAGCCUGAACCACCACGAGCAUCAGGACCACCGACCCAAGCUGCUGCUCGUGUCCUUCGAUGGCUUCCGCUGGGACUACAUCGACCGCGUCCCAACGCCUAACUUCUGCAGAAUCAUGGACGAGGGCGUGAAGGUUGAGUUCGUGGAGAACGUUUACGUCACCAAGACCUACCCCAACCAUUACAGCAUGGUGACAGGGCUGUACGCUGAGACGCACGGCAUUGUGGCGAAUGAGAUGUACGACCCUGCCCUCAACCUGUCCUUCUCCAUGGACACUGACAGCAUGUAUGAGUCGAGGUGGUGGGAGGAGGCCGUGCCUCUCUGGGUGACCAUUCAGAAAGAUGGUGGGCGGAGCGGGGCGGCGAUGUGGCCAGGGUCCGACGUGAAGAUCCACGGGAUGUUCCCCACUCGCUACCUCCAAUACAACGCAUCAGUGUCCUUUGAAUACAGGGUGAAGCGGAUCGUUGAGUGGUUCUCUGCACCUGAAGAGGAAGCGGUGGACUUCGGAGUUCUCUACUGGGAGGAGCCGGAUGAGAGCGGACACAACCUGGGUCCUCAGAGCCCCCUCAUGGAUGCAGUGAUCGCUGGGAUUGACGAGAAGCUCGGCUUCCUCAUGGACGAGCUAAAGAAGGCCGGGCUGUACAAGAAGGUGAACCUGAUUGUGACCAGUGACCACGGGAUGGCUCAGCUGUCCCCUGAGAAGAUCAUCGAACUGGAUGAGUACGUGGACAGAGAACUGUACACCUGGGUGGAUAAGAGUCCGGUGGUGGGCAUCCUGCCAAGAGAAGGGAAGCUUGACGAAGUGUUCAGUUUGCUCGUGGACGCUAAUCCAAACAUGGUGGUGUACAAGAAGGAGGAUGUUCUCGAGCGCCUUCAUUAUCAGCACAACGUCAGGAUCAUGCCCAUCCUCUUAGAGGCCAAGGAGGGCUGGACCAUCAUGCAGAACCGGAGCGGACCUUUCAUGUUGGGAAACCAUGGCUAUGACAACACCCUACGUAGCAUGCAGCCUGUGUUCGUGGCCCGCGGACCAGCUUUUCGCCAGAAUUACGUGAAGCCCUCUAUGCGCUCCGUUGACCUUUACCCUCUCAUGUGCCACAUCUUAUCCACCCGCCCUCUACCGAACAACGGCUCCCUCCUCAACAUCCAGGACCUCCUGUCCUCCGUACCAGCUGCUUCCACACCCACGCCAGCUCACCCACCCGCUCCUCCUAAGCUCAGCAGGUACUCCUACGCUCCAGUUGUGGGCUCGUUCAUCGGUGUGGUCAUGGUGCUGGGCUUCCUGGUGGUGUACAUUGUGUUGGUCACUUUCAAACAGCGGCCUGUAUUAAAACACAGAAGCUGGGAGAUGUCACAGCCCUUACUGCAAGAAGAUCUGCACCUGUAGGAGACGGGAAAAAAUGCACGGCAUAAAAGAAGAGGAGGUUUUGCUCCCCAAGGUACUAGGCACUGUCCAGAAGCGUUCCCUAAAUGUCUCCUUUUCACCACAAAAUAAAAUUGUGCUGCUGUUUUCAUUGAUUAGCAAUCAAAGGAAUCCAGCCUAAUCAU